AUGGAUUCGAAACGAAUCUUAGUCAUAGGGAAACCGAAAUCUGGUAAAGUAACGUUCGUGAAAGUAGCUUUGACGGGAAGUCUGCCUAAAGGGCUAAAGUUGGCAUCAAAUGGAACAUCGCAUGCUGGUCUAUCUCACGAAUAUACGUUGAGAAAUAAGUACUUUCAAAAAGAGGUUGGAUUAUGGGUUGAUGAAUACACCGAUUUGAAAGAAACACUCGGUGCAUAUGCUUCUGAUGAGGCUAAGGAAGUAAUUGACGCUAUUGGUGCCAUUGUCUAUACAUUCCGAUCCUACGAACCUCAGGAAUGGUCUCUUUGGGAAAGUUUUAUUCAAAAUUUAGAAAAACCUAUUCCAAUGGUUGGACUUCACAUGGACACCGAAUCUAUGAUGACUCCCCCUGAUUGCCCAUAUCUAGAAUACGUUGCAUUCUAUCAGACAGGAAAGAAUGAGUUUGGAGGCAAGUGGUCAAAUCUAGACAUACACGAACGGAAAAAGCAGGCGAUGUCGAUAAUUAAUUCUUUGGUGAAUGAGGGAUUUCAAGAAUCAGAUCUAGAUUAA